UUUGGCGAUGGCAUUAGCGGGCUAUGGCUUGGCGCUCGCGAUUCCAGCGCCACGCUGCUGGAGAAGGCGCUGUGGCGGGAUUGUCCACGCAUCAGCGUCUCCACCACCUCCAGGUGAUUCCCAGCGGCUGCGCAUUCUCGAAUCGCUCGGAGAAGUGAGCAGCUCUUUGAUCGCAUUGUCCGAGGCCAUGGCGAAGGCGUCAUUGGCGGUACAGCAGCUAGCGCAAGCGAUCCGGGAGGAUGCUGGCGUGGGAGUGGAAUCUUACGUCUCGGAUGUGGGGGAUAAUCGUCCCGGAAUUGGUAGUGAUAAUGAGACAACACUGCGAUUGCCAUCGCAAGAUAUACAGGAUCGCAAUACUCUUAGCCAUGGCUUGGCAUUCCGGCUCCAACAAUCUUUCUUGCAGAUGCGACUGGAAGGCCUUGGUAAGCCUUUCGAGCUUGCGGCUGAAGAAUUCGUGAGUGCCUGUAUUGAAGCACACCAGUCCUCGAUCUCCAUGGAGGAAUUGCAACUCCAACUUAUUCUUGCUGAUGGCGCGCUCUCGGGUGUGUUUGCGAUCCAAACCGAUGAUCCAAAGGCGAGCUAUCUUAUGAGCGAGGAAGCUCGACUUCGUGCAGCCUGGAUCCGAUAUGUCUAUGUCACAAUCUCAGAAGUUAAUGCGAGACAAAAUCAAACAGCUGGACCGAGAUCAACUGCAACGGACCCCGAAGAUGACGAAACAACUGGACUGGGAUCAAACUCAACAGUGAGAGAUGACGAUCCGUCCAACGUUUUUGUUAAGCAGGUGAUUAAGGGUGCAGUGGACGAAGGCUACAACCUUGCGAAGCUGAAGCUUGAACAGGAAUACUCCGGCCCGCCGCAGUCACCAUCUGUUAGAACCCUGCGCCAAAGCAAUUUUUUGAUCCUGCUAGCUUUCGAGAUCUUCUCUCGCAAGUGAGGUCUGUCUGACGACAGUGGAGUAAGAAUAGCAAAGACAUCAACAUCCAAGAAGGAGAUAUAUUACCGAACAAAAGAAGUCCAAGCCUUCCAGGCAAGCUCUCUUCCGUUGGUCUAAAGGUGGGCAUUCAGUCCAUCCACAAACGCUGGCCGAAUCUCUUACAGCAUGGAACGCUCAGGCCAAGUUUGACAAAAAAAUGGAACCUCAGUUUUCAAGGGUUUGGUGAGUUAUUUUAUCACCAGCACAAACACAUGGCAAAAAGAAAGCCCGAGAUUAUGCCUGGGAUUUUGGAGCUGUCACUGUUGGGGCUCAGACCAACCAGGGAAAAAAGGUCCAGGCCAGCCCAGAAAGCAAGAAAACAGUAGAGGCCUCUUUAAAGUCUGUGGGGGAAGCAAUUUGACACUCACCCAGACACACACAAAAAAAUCACACACCCAGAAAGGGAAGGGGCAUAAAAAAAAAGAAGAGAAUAUCGCGAAAAAAAUUUUAAUUUCAAUGGUUUUAGAAAGCAAUUUGAAAUGGAUUUUCUUGUCAAAGAAUCAA